AUUUCCGACAGGUCGUGAACGCAGCAGCAGGCUGACUGGCUCUGUGAAGAUGGCGGACUGUAUACGUGUUCCUCUGCUCCUGCUUCUCAUGUGCAUCUUAUCGGUUUUGCAUCCCGUUCAAGGACAAAUCAACGUUGCCGCAAAACUCGCCGCCAAAGCUGAUAACCUACAGAACCCAGCCGGUGGACCGGGGCCGGCUGCGGUGAUCCCCGGAGCCGCUGAGAGGAACCCGGGGGCCGGGGCCUCGCUGCCUCGGAGGCGCUCUGCCGGCUGGAAGUUGUCUGAGGAGGCGGUGUGCAGGGAGGACCUGACCCGGCUUUGCCCGAAACAUUCCUGGAACAACAACCUGGCGGUGCUGGAGUGUCUACAGGACAGGAAAGAGGUAAAGAACCGUGACACGCUCCUCUGAUAGCAGGGAAUUAAGCAGGGUGUGCCUGAUGAACGGACGAGCUAACAUUAGCUGCCACGGUUAGCCUGUCGCUAGCUUUUGCGUUGAGAGAACGUCAAACCAAAUCCCGGUCAAAAAGAUUUGCGUUUUUCGUUCAUAUGGGAGUCUUUAAAAGUACACGCUCUGUUACAGAACAACAAAGAUUUCAAACAUUUAACAAGGAUCCACUCUUGAGUUCGGCAUUAUGUAUUCCCCUGAAUAGUUUUUGCUUCUUAAGAUGUGACAGGUUUCUUAAUCGUGUCGCCUCAUAUUACGUGUCGUGAACGUCUCACCUAAAUACAUCAAAAUUGGGGCAGUGUUACGUUAAUAAACAGAAUAAGAAGUCUUAACAGUAAAAAAAACAUAAGCCAUCUGAGCCGAAUUAAAGGAAACGCAUUUUAUUAGACGAUAAGAGAAACUUUUACUCGGUUGGUUAUUAAUGAUAUAAAUGUUAAUGAACACAAAAAAUUGAUGGAUUACAAAUGCAGUUCUGACCUAAUGGGACGUUUUUCAUCUGGAUGUGGAUUUUGCCAGCUCAAAAUCUUAACAGUUUAUGUCCACAAUUUAUUACUGGAUGUUUUUGUUUUCUAAUAUAUUUGAUAACUUUAAAAAACGGUUAAUAAACAUGUAAUUAGCAAUUCUCCAGCCUUGAAUGCUGCUAACUGUCAAACGCUACCCUGUUAGCAAGUGUAGCAUCAUGAAGCUGUUUAAGUCUGUGUUUUUAAUCCGUCGUUUUUUCUUUCAACUGUUUAAUUACCCGUUUUUUAUCACUUGGAUCCUGUUUUUAUCAGGCUCGGUGAACUUAUUCUAACUAAGGUGGUUGUUGAGUGUGUGUGUUUGUGGGUUAAAGCUGCUCUCUCCCAGUUAGCUAACGUUAAUGAUAGGCAGACGGAGCUGUUAAAAUGUAUUUAGUCUGUUUUCUCCUGGAAAAGACCGUCUGUGGCCUCCCUCACAGCCCGGGGCAGCACCACGAUGAGCGGUCUCGGAGGCUGGAAGACUGUUCCGACAUGUUUGGUUGACACAUCACCUGAGAAACAAUAAGACAGAUGUAUCACUCUCUUUCCCCCUUUGUUAUUCAACAUAGACCUGGGCGAUAUGUUUCGUCAUAUCGUCCGAUCUCGAUUAUUAAAACGAUUUUUUUAAACUGCCAGUUUUAAAGUAUCUGUGCUAAAAACUAAAGAAACUAGAGAUUAGUUCAACAUUUUAUUAACGUACAAAGUAAAUAAAGAAUAAGAUACACUUAGAAAAAAAUAUAAAAAACAUCUUAUCUCAACAGAACAAUAAAUGUAAAUAAAUACUAAAUAAUACAGUGAACUAGUUUACAGUCCUGAUUGUUUUUGCAGGUAUGAAAGACCCAAAAUAAACAAAUCGCCCCCUUAAGAAUAAUGAAGACGCCCUCAAUUGUAAACAUGAGACGUUGUAAACGUAGAUGAUACAAUUGAUCGCUUUGGUCUGGUGGCAGCACCGCUAGUUGUGGCUAAACUGCUAAUGCUACUAGUGCCGUCAGCAGUGACAGGCUGUGCAGACUCCGUCGUAUUUUCAUGCUUUCCAAUCACUCGGAAAGUACUUCUUCAAGUGAUUAAACAGAUUUGUUGUGUUGUCCGUUUUUGAGGCACCAACCGCUGACAUAGUACCUUGCACAUCGGCUUAAUAACUAGAUGUCACUUUGGAGAUACCCGAACCCCUGCCACACAACCGACGUUGAAUAACUUCUCAACAAUAACAUCUUCGGAGGAUGACUCAAACUCACGGCUGACAUCUAUUUUGCUGCCCUCAGCUCAGCGUUUAGCUCCACGUUCGGACAUUCUGUUUACUUCCUCAGCAAUGUCUAGAAGUGAGCAGGAAAAGCUCGACUCUGAUUGGCUGUUGUGACGCACAUUUCCGCUAUGUUUGAUUGAGUAAAUAUGCUUUCAGCUGAUCACCGUGAUCGAACUGAAAUUUAUCACAAUCAUCGAUCACUAUCAUGCAAUUGCCCAGUCCUGAUUCCACAGUCAUCUCUUCCUGUCCUGUGUUACCCACGGUUUCUGCAUUUGCACAUUUUUUUGUGUGUAAUUUUAGAAGAAGUCACCUGUUAGUUUCCCAAGUAUUGGGUUUAUUUUGAUUCUUUGUUAAAUCAUUUACAGUAGUAGGUGUUUAUCAUUUACUCAACAUGAAAGUAUCUCACAAAAUCUCUACUGUUGGUCUAAAUUGUGGCAUUUCCACUUAAAACUGCUGUUAGGAGUUUUUUGCCACCUUCAAAACAGACUGAUAUCAAUACUGGUGCCACUUUGACCCACAAAAACAAACCAGACCACCAAGGAUAAGGCUGAUGGUUUCAGUAGAGGUGUUUUUGUUGUCAAAAACUGCUGGCAGGGGUAGGUGUCAGAUGAACUGAUUACCUGCAACCAGCCUAAGUGAUCUUUUUUACAUUUAUCAAGACAAAGAUUUGCAACGAUCUUUAAAAUAAACCAGUCUGAGAUUAUUUGUUGGAAAAGUAUGUACAGGUCAAUUUCUGCAAAGUAGAAGUAGUGCCCCUUUUGUCCACAGGGGGCGCCAGAAUCACCACACUGUAAAAGCUGCUCACGAAAGCUUUAAUAAUCUGCAACGGACAAUUUAAGUGCACCAACAAAGAGCUUUAACACGUUGGCUGUACUGCAGUAUUUCAGAGUGUUGUAACCGACAUAAAACCAGCUGUUCACGAUGUUUACGAGCAGAACACUCCUUAGUUUAACCUUUCAUCCCGAGAAAAACUGUCGUUCUGAACAACAGCGCCAAGAUGUUAUUCAAAAUAUGAAUCAAUAGGUUUUGGUGCCAGUGAAAAGCUCUCUGCAGACUCUGCUUUAUGAAGAUAUAGAGCAGUGACAACCCAAAGAUACAGGAGAUUAACAGGAAGACCACUGGAGCCGAUGCCUUUCAGCUCAGUAGAGGAUGUGAUCUUCUGCGGAGUAAUCCUGAGCUCAAGUGUCGGCCAGAAUGAGUUAGAAAAAAUCAACAUUUUGUGUCCAUUUAUUUAGCUGGAGUCAAACCUUUUCAAAGCAGAUUGAAUUUCUCUGCAGAGGUGUUGUAGCUGAAUGCUUUUACGUCCCGCCUGACAAAUGUUACAGGAAUGUGACGAUGGAUCGACUCCUCUUUGAUUGUCUCAUUGUGAUUUAGUUUCAGCUUCGAGACUCCAACAGUUUAUCAACUUCUUAUCGUUGCAUUUCAAACUUUUUGUUUCUACUCAGUAUUCAGCAGCAUUACGCCGCAAACACCCUUAUCAGCACACACACACACACACACACACACACGUAUAAGAGCCGCUGUUCAUCAAUCGUUAUGACACCAAGGAUGUUAUGCUGUCAGAAACCUGUUGAAUGAGCUGAAAACUGACAUUAAACUUUAUUGUGCGUGCUUGGUGACAGAUAUGUGGCUUAGAGGAAACUUAUAAAGAGACCGAUCUAAUAUAUGACCUGAACUAUUUCUGUGAUUACAGACAAAAUGUCGUUGUUAUCAGCGCCACUCCAGGUCAUGAGGUGGUGAUGCAGCGAGUCAGCGUGGAAAGGAAAUCUGCUCAGAGAGUCGUAUUAUUUCUGAAUUAAAAAUCAAUAUUAGAUACCAGCCUUAUUAUAAUGGUACAGCACAAGUCAGGAUGAUGUUAUAUUACCGUAUCGAUAUAUCGAUAUACACCCUGCCCUUUUAAAAUAUCCCAAAUAAGUUUAAAAGUCAAUCCUUUCAUGGCCAACUGUCAGGACCCAAAGACAUGCAGAUGUCUGUCUCAUCAAACCCUCAUGUAUGUCUCAUCUGCGAAGGUUAGAUAAUAGGGAUGCACCGAUCCGAUAUUUGAUUUUGGUAUCUGUCCUGAUACUGAAGAAAAUUCUAGAUCCGGUAUUGUGACAGUGUUUUCAAACUGGAGCGAGCAAAGGGGUCGGCUAUCAUGAACUUUAUCACGAUACCUCAGCCUACAAACUCAACGACCACUUGCAAUACCUGUGCGGUAAACAUUCCAAGGGGCGGUGGAAAACUUCAGGUUACAACAAAAAGUAAUUCAGAGCGGCUUUUGUGUAUCGGAAUUGGAUCGGUGUUGGCCGAUACUUAACUGUAGAUAUCGGUAUCGGGGGUGAAAAAACUGGAUUGGUGCCUCCCUGUUAGAUAAACCAAAGUUUCCCACACAGAUGUCUGUUGUGUUUGUUUUUGGUCAUUCUUUGUGCCGGACUUGUAAGGAGCUCUCAGAUUUAGUGAAUUUGAAUAGUUGCUACUUCCUCCUUUACAGUCGUUUUUGAAACGUCUCAGGAACAUGUUGAACAAACAUCACGUCAGCGAUCUUCCUCACAGACUCCAACAGUCUCACACUGUCGCCCUUUUAUUAACGUUUGAGCGUUCAAUCAGUUCGUUCAGCAGAGGACUUCAUCUGCAGGAUGAAAGACUUUCCCGAACUGAAGUUAGAAGCUGUUAAAGAUACAGACAAACAUUAGUCAGGGACGUGUGUCAACAGGGCUGAUGUUUACUGAUGCCCGUGUUCAGCUGAUUUAUCGGUGCAUCUUUAACCAGGAAAGUUCUUUAUAAAGCAAACAGAUCCAAUUAUUAAAACAACUUCAACUCGGUAAACACGGAUGUCUCCUUCCUUAUAACUCUGUAGCAGACAGAGGAUGUCGGGGGGCUGUGAGCUGAGCUGUCAUUGAUCGGGGUGUCCUCAGUUUUCAUCCAUAUAGGUUUUCCUCUCCGGAACAAACAAAUUCAGUAAUUACAGCCUUUUCAAACUCAAAGUGACGUACUGUAUGGGGUCAUCACUCUCAGGUGGGACAGAGGAUACCGAGGGGGCUGUGAGCCGAGCUGCUGCUAGUGUCAGCUAAGUUUCUUUGUCUGUCAGAGUCUUAAUCCGAGGAAGUCGUCUGGCGGUAAACAAAGCAGUUACAGGUUAAAUAUUAGACUUUGACUGACCUGCUUCCACAGAAAAAGGAUGUUUGGGCGAGUCCUCACAUCUGAGCUGUCGCUGACAUCCUUGAAAUCGACCUCAUGUUGUUUUUUAUUUUUCCAGCAGUUGCUUCAUUUCUGUGGCGGGUCCAGUGAGUCUUGAACUGGUUUUCUGGAUCCUGAUGAGCGCAGUGCUUGUAGUUUUAGGGGAGUAGUCAAAGUUUUAGACGUGAACUGAGGGUUGUUCCUGCAGCUGAAGUUUGAGUUCUGUUAACUUCUUUGCUGCUUUGAAAAUUGCUCUGAAAAUACGAGGUAUUAAAUCUGACUACUGUGCUGAAAGGAGGAAGUGAAACACGAGGAAAGCAAAGCCUGGACUUUCUCGGCCUUAUAGUCAGAACUUCCUCUGCCAUUUUCCCAUUUUUAAGAAAAUGCAACCUCUCUUAUCUUGAUCAUGUCUAUUUUUCUGUGCGCUUUCUUCCUUAGCAGUGCAAACAAACGCUCUCCAGUCAACAGUGAGCAUGUUGUUUAAUCUGCGAGUUAAAAACCUGCUUGUUACUAUUUCUGCAUCAAAUUCGCUCCCUGUCAGUCCAAAUCCAAUCAAAGUGUCCAGAGUUUAUCUUUCAUCUUAUCUAGCUCAUUAAAUCUCCAAGCUUCAUCUGCGUGGCGCCUUCUCCGCUCAUUCUCAGACUGAACUGAAGCAGGUAAAAGGUGAAGACCAGCAGGAGCUUUUUGGGCUGGAUGAGGGUGAAUCACAUCCGACGACCCGCUUCGAGUUAGUGUUCAGUAAGAAAGGUGGAGGAUUACUUCUUCCCCUCGCACACGCUCACAUAGGGAACUUUCCCUGCGCUGGUCAGUAGUUGAACCCGUGUUUUUCCAGGUCACUUGGUCUCCAUGGUGACCUUCGGGCUCAUUCAGGUGCGUCCUGUCUGAGCAGGACUCCGGCUGUUUCUGGCUGGGUGGCGGCUGACUGCUCACUCACUUCUUUAAGCUCAUUAGCUUCUUGGCAAAAAGCAGAACAGCAGCAGCAGACUGAGAGAUCUCUAUACGCUACAACAGGAGCUUACAGCGGCUAAGACAAUCCUCGGUUUGUGCCCAUUAUCAGCUUACUGAAAAAUCACAAGACAAGCCUCCUCUUUAGUCGGGGAAAGAGCUGCUGGAAAAGAAAGGAACAUUGGCGAGGUGUGACAGUCAGUAAAAGAUUCAAUUGUGAGCAGCUCAGACUUUACAAAAGUGAAGAAAUGGAGAUUAACUCAUUCAGUACCAGGUUCAAAAAAUGCAAUUUUCACCCAGUGCGACAAUUGACCGCUAUAGUAAUUUCUGUAUCUUUCAGCACCCACAGAAUAUCAUGUGUUUGGACUAGAAUUAAGUUCAAUAUCUCAAAAGAAAGAGGUGAUUCUCUUCUUUUACCAGAAAGAAAAGUUAGUCUCUGACCCGCUCCUGUGUUAAGUUAUUUCCUGCUCAAUGCAGCGUGGUCAUAUCAUCUUUGCCGAUCUGGAAAAACACAUUUUUACGAAGGAGAGACUUUUGAGCAGAACUCUGAUCGUCUGUUUCAUUUCACUUCAAACUACUUUACCGAUGGCAUCAAGCUCCUCCCUCCUAGAGAUCCGAUCGUGAUAGGUCACUUUGUUGUGACGGCUGGGAGUCGUAUUGGCUCUCGAGAACCUCAAUUGUUUCUUUGAUUGUCUGCGAUGAUGUGAAGGUCCGGUUCCGGGAUCUCCACUGGAUCCAGAGACGGUAGCACUGUGCCAACAGGAGCCGACGUGCCGAGACCGUUUGCUUCGCUAAAGACUUCGGCAUUUUCCUAUUCUCCUCAUAGAGAAAAAAACACUCCACAGCUAGGCUAAUCGGCACACUUGAUGGCGCACUUCUCACUGGCGAGUUCUUGUGUUCGUUACUGUAACAUGGUUAUGACGUAUUUGUCGGCUUUUCUGCGUUCAGAACGACCCCGAACUUAGUCGCAUGUCGGGGAGGAGCGCCCUCUGGCAGAAAACAAAAAAACUGAAAAAUUCGUCCAAAUCUGUCACUGAAUGAGUUAAUAUCGCCGACAAGACAACGUGGUCACAGUUUUCUGUCAGCUCCAGGUCACAUGGGCGGGGAGGAACACGACCAGAGCUGGAAUCAGCGUGAGAAUCAAACGAUCGAUCAUCCAGCUAAAGAACCAAACAGAGUUUUUGCAGCUUUCCUUUGUCGUCUGUACGUCUGUUGAAACUCGCAGCUGUUCCUUCACCAUUAGUCGGCAUGAAACAGCAGAUCUGGUUCUGUUAUCUCUCUGAGAAAUGAGACGACAAAAAACACCAAAGUUCUCUCUCUGAUGAAAUACACUCAGACUUGUUCCUUUGUCUUUGUCCGUUAGAGACUCAGAGGUAUUGUUUUUUUCAUAUCUAAAACUUUGAACAACAGAAGUUUGUGACAUAAGACCUGAGGAACUGAAUGAAAGUCAUCUUUCUGUACAUUUAAACCAGCUACUGACGAGUGUGUUUGUGUAAAAUGGAUGUUAGAUCACAGCGAGUUUUUGUCAUAUGUGUUUGUAGCUGAAAGAUCCUAAUUUUAUGUACGAUUAUCAAUUAUCUGAGCCUGAAAUAAAACACUGAAACUCUUAGUCUGUUAGUUUUUUAGUCAUCCCGCAGACCGACGUUGUUGUAAAUCAAAGAUACUGUCAGGUGAAGAGCUAAAUGCCACCCUCGAAUGUAAACUAACCGUUCUGACAUUUCAGGCGUCAGGGUUUGAAAACAAGUCCAGAGAAGCAGGAGUAGAUUACAUCAGUCAAAAGGAGAGGUUAGGCAGCGGUUCUUCUGGUUUGGGUUUCCUCAUUCUUCUCAUAUCGAUCGAUCUGCAGACCGGCAUCUGAUCUGUGACGGCUGCGGGUUUAUCUAGACCUUUACAGACCUUUACAAAGCUUCAGCGGUGACCACUGUCUGUUCUUUGUGCUGCGGGUUUAAGACCUAAUGGUGGUCGUGGUUUGUCUUUUUUUUUUUAACCUUAAAGAGUUUUUUAUUUUUUUAUCUUAUCUCGUGUUAAAACCUCCAAACUUCCUCAUUCUUGUCGUCACAGCCUCUUCAAGUUUGAACGACACAGUUCAACCAAAAUAAAUCUACUUUCUUCACGUCACCACGACCUUUGUAGGUUUCCAACUGAAACUCAGGGAGUCACAUUAGUCAUCCUCUCCGGCCUUUCUUUCCUCUGUUGUAACGCUGUGACAAAUCUGCAGCUUCAUGCUGAGCGAUCACAGCUCCUCUUAGCGUGUGAUGUUCCUCCCUCAGAGCAGCUACCGUGGAGCUCCUCCACCUUCUGUGCGGAGGCCCCGAGCUGCCCCGCUGGCACUCUGCUGCUGCUGCUGCUGCUGUCUGCUGGUUGGUGGGUGACAUUAAGAGCUGCUUUUAGACUCUUGAGCAUUUUUGUGUGUCUCCGGCCUGCCCGCUGUCAGUCCUGCUGCUGGCUGUGGUUUUGUGUACGUGGUGCGGAGCCUGAGAGUCCAGGAGGAGGAGGAGGAGGAGGCUCCAUGAUUGAAGGUUUCACGUCGGACACCCAGCUACAUGAGGUCUCCUCGUGUCUGCCGCUCAGAUCUGCCAUGUUUGAGAAAUCACACAAGAACUAACCUCUCAACCAAAGCAGUGACGGUCCCUUCGUGUUAGCUGUGUUCACACACGUCCUCCUGAUAUUUUCCGAACUUUUCCUCGCCAGCCUCCUGGUAAAAUUUCCGAUUUAAGUCGGGAAGAGCCGAUGUGUGAACACAGCGGGAAAUAUCCACCGGGGCUGACAAUAUUGACAUCAUGUGAUCGGUGCAAAUCUUGAAGAACAGAGAGGAAGUCGCUGCAGCGAUACAGAAACACAGAAACGCUCCUCAGACUGUUUUAAAGAUUCAUGCUGUUAUUUUUUAUACUGGCAGCGCCCUCAGGGAUGAGAAUUUAAAAGGUUUCAUUGAUACGACUGCAGUUAUCGAUUCUGCUUGUCAAUCAGACUCUUUAUUGGUUCCCUUAUAAACUCCUGAGCAGCUUUCUGUCACCACAGACUUCAUCACAAGUUCAUUAUCUUCACUCCCUUUCACUCCUUUAAAGGCCAGCUGAUCGUAGAUAAGGCCUCUGAUUAGUCACUAAAUAGUCGGUAUCGUCACUAAAACGGAGGCGUAAAUCACCUCAGAUGAACUUUGUUUUUAGUCUCUGACUAAACGCCGAUCUUCUCUGUGGGUUUCCUACUUCAACCUGCCGGUCUCAGGAAGCGAGUGGAUUUUAAAGUGAGUCAGUUUGUCCGCAGGUCAUAAUAGUUUUGGAUUUUUCAUUACAGUUGAGUUUUAUUUCAUUUUGACUUUUAUUUUCUCUAAUUUAUUUAGUUUUCAAAGCGGGUUUGUUUGUUUUAUAAAUGAUUAGUUUUACUUCAGUUUUUAUUAGUUUUAGUUUUUCAUACACGUGCUUUUGUCUUUCUCACUCACUCAUUUUUCCAGAUAGAAUCGUGACAAGAGGCCAACUGUAAACUAGGGCCGACUGAUUUAUUGGCAGGCCGAUUAAAUCAGCCAAUUUUAGCCUUUUUGAGACGAGUUUCAAACGCUUUUCUGGUUAAAAAAAAAAGCGAUUAAAAAUGGCUCAUUAGCGCCCCCUGCAGAGCACCACGAACAUCAACUUUGUCUUUGGUUGAAAUUUUUACAGUCACAUAUAUCUUAACAAGAUCUUUGAUCUUGCGCUCUUGGACUUUUCUCUCAGACGCACGGUUAAAGAGUUAUUUCGCUGUUUUCGCCCCAUUUUGGCGUAUCUUGUUUUUUUCUUUUAUUUAUAGUUUUCAUUUAUUUCAGUCAAUGAAAAUGUUUUUAUAAUUGUAGUCUAUGUCAAUUCAUCAGUUUCAUUUAACGAUAAUCACCCUGGUUUGUCGUCCUAUUCCGUUUUUGUUAACACAACAAUAAAGUGAGUUUUAAAAACGGCGGUCUGCACCACGUCUGUCCACCAUGGUCACUCCCUUAGGUCUCGUUGACACUGACCUCAUCUCUACAUCUCCGUGUCGUUGUUUUGCAGGGUAAGUACAGUGAAGUGGGAAGCAGUGGGAGCUGUUGAUGGUUGAAUGAGAUGAAACUGGUUUUCUAUUUUCAUCCCACAGCGCUCUCUCGAUCUUGACUUGAGAGCUCUUCUCACGGGCGCCUACUGUUGCUAGGCUGUGAAAGUUAUCCUGUCGCCCUUGGUGGUGAUUGUUCCGUCUGUUUUAAUACGCUCUCCUCCUCUCCAGCUGGAAGGACUUUAUAUUGUGAAUUUAUGAAAUGCAACACUGGAGAAUUCCUCGACAUUUUCAGGGCUACGUCGUGUUUGAGAGGCUGCCUGGCUUUGGUCGGACUCCUGCUCUGUGUGACGGCGCUGCAGCUCAAACAAACCCUCCCUGGGCGUAAACCAUCAGAACACACGUGAAUGUCUCUCCGUCGGGUUUCUCACUAUCUUGAUAAAUUUCAGAGAGCCUGAAUCCAUGUGACGGGAGGUUGUGAAAGUCCAACGCUGCUAACGUCACUUUACAUCCUGAGAUUGAAACAGAGAUGGUAUUUGGUGUCCGUCAGAGAGAUCCUGGUUCUGAUUCCAGGUAACAGAACCACAAAAUAAUGGGCUGGAGGGUCAUCCAGACGCAGGGAGGAUAUCCCAGCUGUGAGCCGGUCCGUGUUAUAAACCAGAGCGUCUUAUGAUUGUGGUAAUAAAGUACUGUGACGAGGAAUCAUGUGAGUGAAUGCUGAGGGUACGAGUAUCCGAGUGUCCUGAUAAUAAAGGAGUAAAAGGAGCAUGUCAGCUGCUCUCCGGAGUAAGUCCUCACGAGUCAGUCUUUGUACCUUCAGGCUCAUACAGUGUCCUUAACAAAGAUGAGAGGUUUGAGUUUCUUUGGAGAAAAAAAAAGAAAAGAGGACAGAAAAAAAAAAAAAAAAACGCUCCUGGUUGCUAAGCAGCGUCCUUUUGUGUCCUCCCAGCAUCCACUGAUUGUCUGACGGUCCACUCGGCUUGUUGUUGACAUUUAUCCAGCGGUGUUCAUGUGACAGCGGCUCUGAUGCUGCUGUGUGUGUGUGUGUGUGUGUGUGUGUGGGAACAGUGACGAUACACAGAUUACAGCUAACUCAGACUCUUCCCGUACUGUGGCUCAUCCCCCUCUCCCAGAUUUAUUGAUUAUGAACCAUCCGCUCCGUUUAAUAAAGAUGGAUAAUGUCUCUCCGCCUCCUCCUGUUUCUGCCUCGUGUUAUGGAGGCAGAUUGAUGAGUGAUGCUCCGCCCCUUUCUUCGACCAAAACGCGGAUUUACUCGCCGAUCAAACACCAAAGUCACGUUUACAGAAAGUUUAAUGACUCUUGUAUCAGUUUUCGCCUCUACUCUGAUAAAUCUUGAACCUCAUUCAACAACAUUACUGCUAAUUAAUCGUCUUUUUACGAUUAAAUAUCUACUUCAAACUAGGGCUUCAUGAUUAAUCAAUCUUAACUACUAAUCAGAUUAUUUGAUUAUAAGGAUGUUAAAAAUUAAAUCGUCAAAUCGAUUUUCCUCUCUAUCUUUUCUCGCACCUCCAGGCCACCGUAGGCUCCCCAGUUCCCACACACGCCAGUGUAAACAAAUACGGCGUUUGAAAAAGAAGGCGAUAAUUUCGUGGUUAAAUAGGACAAGAGCGAGUCAGUCAUGUUGAAUUGGUACGACUUCACAGUUUCAGAUGAAGAGGAAACCACUCCCCUCUGAAAAGGCGGUAUCAACCCGUCACCACGGAAACGAAUUCAGGAGGAAACGCUAAAGUUUUUUGACGUAUCAGAAACGGCGUUUCAGGUGACUGUAAACGGUACUUUUUGAAAACGGGUCAGAGAGUGAAUAAAUGUGUAAACGACGACCAUUUCAUCUCCGUGUGGAUGUCUAUCUGCAUCUCUGGAAACGAUCAUGUGACACACAGAGUAACUCUUUUAUGGCGCCAAAACAACCUUUAUACACAUGCUCUGUACUCUUCUUCUGUCUUUGGUGCAUUUCCUGUGCAGCGUUACAGCGCCACUUGCCAGGUUGGCGUAUGAACUACAUCGUUUUAGUGGUUUUGUUUUGAGAGACGAUAGAAAAAGUUUUAUUUUUAAAGUGAAGUUUGGUGAAGUCGACACUGAAAAUCGAGUUUUAAGAGAAAAAAAUCUGGAUUUUAUUUUUGGCCAAAAUCGUGCAGCCCUAGGAUCGUACGAGCAAAUCCGUUUGUCCAGGAGAUACGCCUCAGCUCCAACACCACACACAGCCUGAUGAAAGUGCGUCCUGAUACAGCAGGAGCUGGUCACGCUGCAAAUCUAUCAGCCAAUCACAAUCUGAUCUGAGAAGACUUACACGUCAGCAAAAGAAGCACUUUCUGACCACGUUGUCAGGCCUCGGAUCAGCGUUAACUGCACACUGUUUGUUUAAUUGGAGCUCCACCCAGAGAACAUGUGAACGCCGCUCUCUGUGCAAACAGCUGCCAGAGCAGAUCUCAGGUCAGGUGUGUGCCAGAUGUUUCACAGCUACUUACAACUCGGGGAAACAGACACUGAAGACAUCGAGCUGUGAAAGAAACACUCUGCUGCAAGUCUCACACACACACACACAGACACAGACACACCUUUUCACCUGAUUCACCUGUCAGUAAGACGCUGGCAUGGCUCCCUGAGGGUGUGUUUCAUGACAUGUUUACAUUGGCUAGUUUUGUGGUUUUCUGACGAUUCAUGUCGUGCGUCACGGAAGCUGCGACGGCAAAAACAACUCAGGAUCCAGACUCCUGAGGGUCCUAUCAGCUGUUGUCUGACAAAUGUUUAAUAAAUGAUGGGGCUGGGACGAUAUGCUUGUUUCCUGAUUCGAUUCUUCUACGAUUUUUUGGAUGCCGAUUCGAUUUAAAUUGCGAUUCUACAAUUUUCUUGAUUUUCUUGAUUUUUAGUCUGAAUUUCUAACUCCAGUGAAACUGUUGAACAAUUAUGAUUGUCUAUUGAUUAUUCCAUGAACCACAUUUACCCAGAAAAUACACCUCACAUGUAAGUCAGUUUUUAAGAUUUAAGGUCCUUACACACCGAGAAUGACGCAAAUAUACGCCGGGAAAUUAUUCGGAUAUAAUUUAUAAAAAAAAAAAAAAUAAGCAAACCCCACAGACAGCUCUCGGAUCCAACUGUCUUCUCUCUGCAUGUUCCUCAAUAAGUGUGUGGAGUUUAGACGGACGUAAAAACUCCGGUACUUGGUCAGUUAGCGUGUUUAGUGACGUAAAAGUGUCGACUAUAAAAAUGAGACAAACCCUCUUCGGUACUGUAACAUGAAAGUGAACUUUUAAAGUUUGAUAUGAGGUGACGAGCAGCAGGUAUGAGUGGAUGUAAAAGGAGAUCUGUUAUAGAUGUUAAACUAGAGCUUGUAGCUGAUUCAUGAGCAAAGACGUGCAGAGUUUUCAGUCUGAGGACUUUACAUUUGUCGGGUAAAAUCUUCUCUUUUUUUUGUUGUCUUCAUCAAACUAAGUGUUUUCUGGAUUCAGGGCUCUUGGUCGUUAGAAAAAGCCAAUUAAAGGAGAUGACAUUGUCUCUUUUCCUUUUGUUUUCUGGCGUUUUAUUGUCCACGAGAAAAUGAGUCGAUGCUACAUUAUUCCAAUCAUGCUAAAAAAAAAGGUAAUCAGGAGGUGGCUUUGUGUUGAGAUGAUUUAGUGAUCAGUGCUGAGGUUUUUCUGAGGUUUAGACGGUGGUUUAUGGAGGUCAGAUACUCAACCCUUCAUGAGGUGUUUAACGACAGGCUUCCCUCUCUUUCCAUCUCUCCGUGUGCCGUUCGCUCUCUCCAUCUCCUCCUCUCACCUAUUUCCAAUUAUAGCUCAACCUCACUCCAGUUUCCCCCCAAGACACAGCGAGGAGAGCUGAUUAAGUCUAAUUUAGCUGCAGCUAUUAAGCGAUAGAGAUGAGGUUUUCACACGUUUCCACCGUCAGCGAUCAGAGAGCAGGAGCAGAGAGCAGGAGCAGAGCAGGAGCAGGAGCAGAGCAGGAGCAGGAGCAGGAGCAGAGAGCAGGAGCAGAGCAGGAGCAGAGCAGCGUUUCUGAGAGAGCCUGAAUGUUUCAGUCUGACCAAAGUAUGUGGAUGAUGGGUGUGUCGGACGUGUUGGUUUUAUUCCCUGCUGUUGUGUUAGAUUACUGCCCUGUUGGCCUCACACACACACACACACACACACACACACACACACACACACACACACACAGAAGGUUUGAUCUCCCUGAUUAUUUCAGACUUUGAUUGAAGGCGAGUUUGGCUGUUUUUUUUUGGUCAUAUUUCUCCUGUUUGAGUUACUAAAGUUAUGGAGCCGCUCCAGCCGAUUACUUCAACCAGCAGCUAUGAAACUGGCUGUUAUAGCUGCUCUCUGCCUGACGACAUCAGCGGGCUGAUAAACCUUUGAGUUCGGGUUUAUGAAGUUGGAUUUUAAGUCAUAAAAAGCACCAACAACAGCAGUGUGUGGGAAUAUGAGUCCACUUGUCCUGCUCUCCGUCUUUUGUUGGUUGUUCGGUCACAGUCCACGGCUCACUUUACGGGUUAUUUGUCUGUUUUUUUCUGAGUUUGCAGAUAACCCAGUUUAUGAGCGUUUCCAGUUUGAAACUGACCUGAUAGAUUCGGUUACAUCUUUUCUUCUCAGUGCUGAGAAUGUGUGAUCUGAGUUCCUCUGAGCCGACACUGAUAAGAGAUAAUAACCCCCCCCCCAAGAUGGCUGAUCAUAAGGUGUUACCUUGUGUGUCUUGUGUAUUUUUUCUUUUCUUACUAAUUUCAGAUUAGAGAUGCACCCAUCCAUUUUUUUACAAUUUGAUACCGAUACCUGGGCUGAGUGUAUCGACCGAUAUCUGAUACCGAUCCAAUCCUACCGUUGAAUGGAUGAUCUGUAUACCUUACCCUGUGAGUGAAGGUAUCAAGCUUGACAUUAGCCUUGUUAAAAAAAAUAAUAAGUUACACAGAUAUUAAUAUUAGGCUAUGAUCAUAAGGUGUUACCUUGUGUGUCUUGUGUAUUUUUUCCUUUCUUACUAAUUUCAGAUUAAAGAUGCACCCAUCCAUUUUUUUACAGUUUGUAUCUGAUGUGACUGCAGUGUGGACGCUCAGGUCGCAUUCAUCCAACCUUUACGUCAUCAAUAUGCGACAAACGUCGUAAUGUGAACAACCGCACAAAAAGAUCGGAUUUAACAAAAAAUCUGAAUUGUGCAUCAGAACCGUGUGUGAACGUAGCCUAUAGAGCGAACAGAAUCGCUGUGUUGCUGUGUAAAACAGACUGGUUCUUAACACUGGAUCGGCGUCAUUCAUCAGAUAUCCGAUCCAGUUAGGCUGUGUUCAGACUGCAGGUCAAUAUCUGAUCCAGAUAUCAGAUCAGUGCAUCCCUAUUUUAGAUCACUGGACAGAAAUCCUGAAGUCAAAUAUAACUGAGCCGAAUCUUUAUCAGUCUAGAUUUAUUUAAUAGUCUCCUCUCUGAACACCCAUGGCGUAGGGCCGGGCGAUAAAACAAUAACGAUAUAUAUAUAUCCAAAAUUAAUUUCCCUCAAUAUCGAUAUAAAACACGGUCAAUAUCCUUUUCGAUAGUCGGCGUUCUGCCAUGUUUUGGUCGACUAACCAAUCAUGUUCUGAAUUAGAACCAAGUAUCAAACAACUGCGUCGUAGCAGACAGCAGCUACACCCAACCAGCCCUGAAAGACGACCAUUGUCUGCUUUCUGGAGCGCAACGUCUUUCGACAAAACGUCUAAGAGACACAAUUUUUUUAUAUCAUGACAUAUAUCGAUAUCGACUGAUAUGAAAAAAUAUAUUGUGAUAAACUUUUUCCCAUACCGCCCAGCCCUAUAACGGCGCGAGGAUUAAUCUGUAUCCAUGAAAAAGCAGCAAAUAAAUUAUCUGUUUUUAUUGAACAGUUUAUUGACUGAUUUCUAUCUGACAUCCUUUUUUUUUUGUUCUCAUUAUUCAAACAAAAAACAUAUUUUUUCAGUCAAAACUAGAAACAACAAACUCUCUUAAACCGAGUAGAAGUGGGUCAGUAACUGCUGCUGUCUGGAGGAUUACGUUUCAUUUCUGCCUGCAGAUAUUUGUGAGACAGUCUGACUGCAGACCUCCACUGAGACGACCGGAAGGUGUUUGAAACCUUUCAAAAUAAAAGCAAAUAUACUAGAAGUCGUUUCUUUUUUUACGUGUGAAGUUGAUCUGAAACCUUUCAAAUUAAAAGCGAUUACACCGGGAAGUACGUAUUUUUUGUCUAAUUUCUUGGGGCUUUUUUAAUGUUUAUAACGUUAACAUGAUUUUUUGUGAAUUCAUGUUUUCAACAAAGAGAAAAUACUAAACUGGAUGACCUUCAAACAAACUGGAGUGCGGUCCUCUCAGUAGAGGUAUCUCGAUAUUUGUGGGUUUGUCGAAAGCGAUUUCUCGUCUGUUUCUGCUCAAAUAUCAUUUUUGUCUCUGAAAGGAAAGGCCUCAGACUUUCUUGAAGUGUUGUCAGAUACUCAAAUCGACAAUCUGAGGCUGUCGGUCACAGAAACAGGACCUGUUGAGGGGUCGCAGUGAGACUGAGUGAGUUUUCUCUUCGGUGUUAUUGCAGGAGUUCAGCCCCUUCACGUUUUGUACGUAUUAGACUCUCAAAAACUGAAGAACCACGACUAAAACUAAGAGUAACCUCUGUGGCUGGUCUCCGAUCUGUCGGUGUGUCUCAUCUUUUAGAGCGACGCUGGAUUGAACAGAGGAGAUCUUUUGGACAUUCAGACCCUGACAGAGAAGGGAUCGACGCUCACAUGAGUCACUUUGGACUCUGCGGCUCUGUGAUGUGAUGUUACUGCCUUCAGUCCAGGGCUGACAGAGCGAGUGUUUGCAGAGGUAGAGCUUUGUUGAAACUGAGAGAGCCGAGUAACAACGACUGAAGGAGAAGUGCCAGGAAAUGAUGGAGCAGUAUGAUCCCUGAAUGUCUGACUUUCUCUGUAAUCUAGAGGAUUUGAGUUUAUCGAAGGAAGACUGUAAAUAUCACGUUUCUGUUUAUGAAUAAAGCAUUGAAAGGUUGAAAGGAGACAGCAGCUCUCGGGGGUUUGUGAGCUGCUGGUUGAAUCCCCUCCUCCUCCUCCUCCUCCUCCUGCAGGGUCGGCCCCUCUUUGUCAGCCGGAUGUUUCUGUGUUUCAUUCAUCGUCGUGUUCAGACUGAAAGGAUCACCUGAGGUGAACUUUACAGACAAACAUAGAGGAGCUGUUUUCAGGUGCAGGUUAGAGACGCUGGAAUCAGAGAUCAACAAAAACCUCCAUGUGGAGCAAAGAUGUUUUUGUAGAAGUUUGUCAGACAGCUUCAGUCCCGUCCUCUCUUUGUUGGAUCCAGAGUGUCUUUGGAGUUUUUUGUUGAUAUUGUAAAAUAAUGUAAAUUUUCAGGUUAAAGGAAAUCUCUGUUAUAAUUUAAAGUAUCUUAUUUAAAUCUGGAGUUUAAAUCCUCAGAGUAAAAAAACUCAAAGUUCACCUGAAGUUUAGUCUUUUAGAAAUCUGAAGUUUAGAUUGAGCUAAAACUCACUGUUGACUUCAGAGAGAGUUUGAACUCCAUUCUCCUCCCUCUCGCCUUCUCUCUUCUCUCCCCCUCCGUCUCUCUCCUCCUCUAUCUCUCUCGUUCUCCUCUCUCUCCUCUCUCUCUCCCCUGUCCUCUCUCUUCUCUCUCCUCUCUCUCCCUCACUCCUCUAUCUCCUCUCUCUCCUCUUUCCCCUCUCUCUCCUUUCUCCUCUCUCCUACCUCUCCCCCCUUUUCCUGCUCUCUCUUUCUCUUUCUCGUUUUCCUUCUCUCCGCUCUCUCCUUUGCCUUUCUCCUCCUCCUCCUCUCCUCUCUCUCUCCUGUCUAUCUCUCUGAAGUCCCUGCAGGCGAAGCUCUAAACAGUAAAGGAGGCUGCUCCUCCUCUCUUCUGCUCCUCUUCCCUCUCUCUCCUCUCUCAGUAAAGGAGGCUGCUCCUCCUCUCUUCUCCUCCUCUCCCCUCUCUCUCCUCUCUGCUCCUGCUCCUCCUCUCUCCUCCUCCUCUCUCCUCUCUUGUCCUCCUCUCUCCCCUCUCUCUCCUCUCUCCCCUCUCUCUCCUCUCUGCUCCUGCUCCUCCUCUCUCCCCUCUCUCUCCUCUCUGCUCCUGCUCCUCCUCUGGACUGUGUAGAGACGGGCUUCAGUCCAACCCUCUCAGCUUUUUCUCAUAAUCCAGAGGAAUGUGUGUUUUUGAGAAUCCAUCAGUGAUCAUGUCGAGUCUGAACGGUUUCCUCACCGAUCACAAAGAGUCCAGGAAGAUCCAGAACUCUGGACCUUCAGGAACCAGAAGAGAGCUGGUCUGCUGGUCUGCUGGUCUGUCGGCGUCGACGGGUCAGUCUGGGUCGUAUUUCCACAACCGUUUAUUUUUCUUCACCCCCACAGGACCACUGAGUCGGAGCAGAUCUCUUUACAACCAGACCCCCCCCACAUGUAGUUUACGUCUGUGUACAGAGCGCGGUGACACGGGUGUGUGAGGUCCACCGUAAAUAGAGCACACCAACAUAUGAACACACACACACACACACACACACACACACACACACAGGCGGCCUAUUCUCGGCCCACACUGCGGCUGCCAUGUGGAAAACAGUCAGAAACUCUCCGACCAUCUGCAGAGCUGGGAUUUCAAAGACACACACACACACACACCCUUAAACACACACACCCUUACACACAUACACACACACACAGAGUCAUUCCUGCAGCAAUGAUUGGGUUUCUCUGGUUGGAGCGAGGGGGCGGAGUCAGUGUGCAGGCGUUUGGCAGCUUGUCAAGGCAGGAAGUCGGACGGGUCACCUCAGGUCAGCCCAGCAGGAAAAUAACUCGGUGGCCACACGACGGCCCCAGAACCGGCGUCCAGAGUCAGGGGCCACCUCGCUGGAUGGAGGCCACCUCCAAAGGUGUGUCCUACUGAGAGCUGGUGGAGCAGAACCGCGUCCGUCUUAUAUAAGAGCGGAGGUCUGCGGAGGUUUAGAGGGGAAUUCUGAGGCUGAAGAAUCCGGGACGGGUUUUUAAAAAUGUGUUUUCUGACCCUAAAGACGAACCGGGACUAAGAAGGUUUGAAUCGUUAAAGUCUGCGGCGGUAAAAACGGUUUCAAUGACCACAGAAGUUUGAGUUUUCACCGCUGACACGCCGAGGCUGUCGCACAUCACGACGGCGGUGACGGUUUGAUAUCGUGUGGAGAAAAGUGACUCUGAAUCCUUCGUUGUCGACCACAGAAAGAGUCUGUGACACGUGUUGUUAUAUCCUGAGCUUCUGUAUUGUUUUGCUGUUGUUUCUCUUUUUGACCACAGGGGGCGCCAAAAUCAAAACAAACCCAGAUCUCAAAAAAGGCGGUAUCGGCAGUGGGAGUGGUUUAUUUCUACGUUUUACAGUGUCCGACUCUGUCCUAGUCUGAACAUCAGCUGAGAGUUAGUCCGAGUCAGCAUCUCCACCUCCGCCCGACCUCACUGAGACCACGCCCCUUUUUGGUGUCAAUAAAGUUAUUUUUGUCCUCUAAUCUCUCUUUUUUUCUUCUUUUUCAGGAAACCGAGAUCGCUGCAGAAUGCAACCAUGUGAGUUUCCUCCACAAAACACCACUUCCCAGCAUGCACCACGUUAGCAUGAGUUUUGACCCAGACAUCGAGACUUAAUGUGGAUCGUGUUUUUUUUUUUCUUGAAUACGUAAAAAGAUGUUUUUGUUGAUUUCUAAUGAAGGUGAGAAGGAUCUAAAGAGUCUGCAGAGAUGAUGUUUUCACAGAUCUGAUGUCUCUGUCUUGUUUCUCUGCAGCUGCUGUGGAACUACAAGCUCAACCUGACCACCGACCCAAAGUUCGAGUCUGUAGCCGUGGAAGUCUGUAAGACCACCAUCUCUGAGGUCAGUCACCAGCACCACACCUCUUACCAAAGUGCUUUCUCCUUCACACCAGUCCUCUGCUUCAAAUUAGAAUAUUUGUAAAGUCUUGGAAAGCCGGCAGACCUGAAACCUUCUGGAGUGAGCUGGUGGAUUUGAGGUGUACCUGUUUUCGGAGGGCACAGAUGUCUCUGUAAUCUCAUCUGUGUUUUCUCACCUCACUCCUCCGGCAGCCUCCUUGUUUGUUUUCAGCGCACACAGCUGCUGGAGAGAGAUUACAAGAACAAUCCUGCUUCUCCUCCCAGAGAGUUUCAGACCCGGCGCUCGGCUCUUUUAUCAUCUCUGUCCACGUCGGAGCUUUUCAGUGCGUCAAAUAUCGAAGCUGCGGUAUUUGAACCCCAGUUAAAAGCAGACACGGAUGCUUGUCGCAGUCCAACAAAUCUCUAAAUCUUAACAAAGAAUUACAGCCGAGAUAACCAGAGGCAUAAACCAUGAUUCAGCUGCAGCGCCGGUUCAUCUUCGCUCCUGCGGCGCCACGUCAGAACUAACCUAAAGUGCGGUUACAGGAUCUCCGUGGUGUCGAGGAGCUCAGUGCACUCCAGCGAAUCCACACCGAGAACCAAACAUGAAGAAGUCACACGCAGAUUCAGGAUACAGCAAACCUGGAGAGUGCAGGCGUGAGGCGUGAGGCGUCAGCGCGUCUCUGCAGCUCCUCACGGCGUCUCAGCUGUUUGGUUGCUCACCCUCUGAUGCAGACCAGUAGCAAACCACGAGCAGAUGUUUACAAUCUGUGCUACAUGUAUUUAAUAUGUAAAAACAUACUGAAGAGUAAAAUCACCAUGACAACCCAGUGAACAUCAGCCACAUGUUAAACAUAACCGCCUCCAUCUUCUUCUCUCAGAUUAAAGAAUGUGCAGCGGAGGAGCUCGGGAAGGGCUACCUGGUCUCCUGCCUGGUGGAUCACCGCGGCAACAUCAGCGACUACCAGUGCAACCAGUACAUCACCAAGAUGACCACCAUCGUCUUCAGCGACUACCGGCUGAUCUGCGGCUUCAUGGACAAGUGCCGCGAAGACAUCAACGCCCUGCGCUGCGGCAGCAUCAGCACCGGAGAGAAGGUGAGACUGAAGCAGGGAGAGAGAGAGAGAGAGAGUGUGUGAGAGAGAGAGAGAGAGAGAGAGAGAAAGUGAGAGAGAGAGAAAGAGAGAGAGAGAGAAAGAGAGAAAGAGAGAGAGAGAGUAAGAGAGAAAGAGAGAGAGAAAGAGAGAGAGAGAGUAAGAGAGAAAGAGAGAGAGAGAGUGAGAGAGAGAGAGAGAGAGAGAGAGAGAAAGAGAGAAAGAGAGAGAGAGAGUAAGAGAGAAAGAGAGAGAGAAAGAGAGAGAGAGAGUGAGAGAGAGAGAGAGAGAGAGAGAGAGAGAGAGAGAGAGAGAGAGAGAGAGAGAGAGAGAGAGAGAGAGAGAGAGAGAGAGAGAGAGAGAGAGAGAGAGAGAGAGAGAGAGAGAGUGAGAGAGAGAGAGAGAGAGAGAGAGAGAGAGAGAGAGAGAGAGAGAGAGAGAGAGAAAAGAGAGAGAGUGAGAGAGAAAAGAGAGAGAGUGAGAGAGAGUGAGAGAGAGAGUAAGAGAGAAAAGAGAGAGAGAGAGAGAGUGAGUAAGAGAGAAAAGAGAGAGAGAGAAAAGAGAGAGAGAGAGAGAGAGACGUCCCUUUAAGACGCUGUCCUACGUCAGAGACGUGACUCCACCCCAUCCAGUCUGCAACAAAGAGGGAAAGACAGGUGAGGAGAUGGAGGACAGUUCAGAAGUUGUAGCGGCUGAAGUAGACGAAGUUAAUGUGGGAGGUCACUUGUGGUCACUCCCACAUCCUGAGUGACUCUGUCUUUGUGCAGCAGCAGCAUGGUUCAGGUUCCUGCGAGUGUCGCCGCCUUAAAACAGUCAAAACGACCUCAGUCCACCUCUCCUGCUCACGCUGCGCCCUCGGCAGAUCUGCUUUUCAGUAAAUAAUAAAAUAACCAAGACUGCAUCAUGUAGUGGCUGAAGGGUCUUUUUCUGCAGAUCUUGUGAACUUCAUCUCUGCUCACAUUUGAUCUAAUAAAGCCCUGAAACGCCGUGAGGAGUCUGACUCAGCUGGAAGAAGAAGAGAGAGAGUUUGACGGGCGGCUCUCAGCCAGCGCGGCGAAUCGAUCUCCUCUGAACGCCUUUCCCCGCCGCCGAGCCCAGCCCGAAAACUCAUAAACCUGUUAGACAUGCGGUUAUUAUGGGAUGUUCAGCGCCACAAUUAGAACUCGGAGCAAUUUAUUUAUUCGUCAGAGGAGAGGAAAGUCAGUUUCAUUAUCAGGAAUUUGUCACGGCGGCUCAUUUUAGUGAAGAUUGGACUGACCGUGUUUACUCCGGCAGAGCUCCUUCCUCAUUACGCCGAAAACAGAAACAGAAGAGUCGCUCGGACAAAGUGAUUUCUGGAGUGAAAGAAAAGUCAUUCUGGGGGGAUUAGAGAUGUUUUUAAAAUCCACAUAGUCAUUACUCUAAACUGGAGACGUCUGCGAUUACGAAUAUUUAAAGAGGGAGUUUGUUUUUCUCUCACCUGAAUGUGGACGGAUGACUCCGUUUUAAGGGUUCAUUCCCGGUAAAAGCUGCUGUUGAAAUGUGGCAGAUAAAACAUCUGGACGGAUGAAUCGCAUCCAGCAGCAGAGGCAGGCUGCCAGUCAGGUGAAAGGCCACUUCAGGUAAAUAUGAGGAGAAAUAUGAACGGUAUCCUCAGUACAGAUGAGGCGGGCUGCAGUCAUAUUCUAGUAACUGUGUGUGUUGAGACAAACAGACUGAGCUCUGAGGGUUACAAAGAUUUAUAUCCUGACACUUCUCUGACAAUCAUGAGACAAAGACACGUUUGUAAGAUUAAACAAAACCUCAAUUCUGAGUUAAAAUCAAAUCCUGAGAAAGUCGGUCCUCCUUGUGGGACGAGAAGUCGUGAUUAUGAGUAAAAAAAGUCGAUAUGAGGAGUAAACGUGAAGAAAAACCGACACUGGUAUCUGUUCACCAACACAUCCAGGUAAAAUCCUUCUCCUCACCCUUAAAGGGAUAUUCCGGCGUAAAAUUAAGUUAGAGUCAAACACACCAUAACACCGAGUUAGACCCCCCCUCCAGAGAUGAAUGUUGUCGACCGCUUCCUUCUCUAGUUAUACCAACUUUAGUAAUGACCGCAGGAUAGUAAUACAGAGAGCCACGCCCUCAACCAAAACGCCACUCUAUAGCCACAAAUAAUGCUCAGAACAGCACCUAACUUCAUCAACAGGACAUAUAGGGUCACAGACAUAGUACUAGACACCAAACAUCUUUUUAACUUUGACUGAUUUCUUUAGCAAAGAGACUAAACACAACUCACCUACUCUCUUCCAGCAGACGCUUGUUUGUACAGAGACCUCAGGCCAGUCCAUUACGGACUACAGCGGGGUGACGCAGCUCAAGGAAGAACAUUUGUGAUCAUUUCUUUAUCAUGUCAGAAUGUGGUUUGGGAUCAUAUGAAAGUCUUUGUCUGGAUGGACGCAGAUGUUGCUCCUAAACCUGGAGAUAUUGUUUAAAACUGAAAACGCAGCAUCUAUGAUUUCCAGUUCUACGUUGAAAUGACAACCCAAAAGAGUGUUAGAUUUCUUGCUAAUUUCUUUAGCAAAGAGACGAAACACAACUCACCUACUCUCUUUCAGCAGCCACUUGUCUGUGGAGUGCAGUGGAGUUUCGCAGCUCAAGGAAGAACAUUUAUGAUCAUUUCUUCAUCAUUUCCUUGAAGUAAUAAUCACCAUAUUGAUCAUUUUACAGACGCGGUAGUUCUUCUGCCUUAGUGUCUCGGUCUGAUUGUAUUUCCAUGAAGACUCUGACCUGGCGAGACUGGACUUCCUCCACAGCCCCCCAAACACAUCCAGGACUGUCCUGAUCCCUCAUUAAAACCCACCUGUUCCGACCUGCUCUAACUGUAGUCUAGUCUUGGAUUAGCUUCAUUGUGUCUUUCUUGAUAAAUUACGAUCAGAUGUUCUUUUAUACAGACAGGUUUUUUUAAUUACCUUUCUGACAUGUUUCGACGUGCUGACAGCAGUCUUCCUCAGAGUGUCACGUGAUGGUUGUGUGACGCGUCAAACUGACAGAAAGGUCACGCCUUCGGAAACGUCAGCUGUUUUAAGACGCGUCACACAACCGUCAUGUGACACUCUGAGGAAGACUGCUGUCAGCACGUCGAAACAUGUCAGCAAGGUAAUAAAAAAAAAGAACAUCUGAUCAUGUAAUUCAGUCUGUUGUUACCGUCUCUGUAACGUGUUUAUAAGCGCUAAAUAAAUAAAAUGAUUAUUAUAAAGUCGUGAAAUAUGAACAGAGGUCAGAACUGUGAGUUAAAAAUGUCCAAAUUACAGGAGUACAAAGUCCAGAUUAUGGUGGAUUAAAUCUGAGUUUUGAGUCGACUUAGUUUGAGCUGUUUCCUGUAGAGCUGGACGAUAAACCGAAAAUUUACCAAUAACGAAAUUUACAACAAUAACUGAUGUCAUUUUGCUCGAAUUGGUAUAUUCGGUGUCAAAAAACUAAAUAAAUCAAAGUAGUUUUUGGAUGUGUGUAGGUAGGCUAUGGUCUACAUCAGAGACGUGACUCCACCCAAUCCAGUCAGUAACAAAGAGGGAAAGACAGGUGAGGAGAUGGAGGACGGAGAGAAAGUUAAUGUGGGAGGGGCUGAGCAGCUUGUGGAGUAGUCCAUUUAUCGUUAUCGAUGUGAACUGAUCAAUAUAUGGUGAUAUUGAUUUGAGGACAUAUCGCCCAGCCCUAGUUUCACGUCUGCAGCCGAGUCUGGAAUCCUCCGUUUUCUUUCUAAAAAUCAAAAUCAAAAACCGUGUGACCUCUGACAUCUCUCCGCAGGACAUCCACUCUCAGGGCGAGGUGAUCGCCUGUCUGGAGAAAGGUUUGGUGCGGGAGGCCGAGGAGCAGCCGGGGGCUCACGCCAUCAAAGACGACUGUAAGAAGUCCAUCAUGAGGGUGGCAGAGCUGUCCUCAGACGACUUCCACCUGGACAGAUACCUGUACUUCGCCUGCCGAGAGGACCGAGAGCGCUUCUGUGAAAACGUGAGAAUAUCGACCAUCGUACACCGUGGUACACGUUCUCUGAGGACAGACCCCGAACAGGCUUCUUUUGGACUCCUCCUGACGGUGGUGUUGUUGUUUUUGUUUUCAGACGCUGGCCGGAGAAGGGCGAGUUUAUAAAUGUCUCUUUAACCACAAGUUUGAGGAGGCGAUGUCCGAGAGGGUGAGUGCCGUCCUCUUUUCUGUGCGCUCAACUUCCUUCUGAUUUUGCACCUCCGUCUUUGCAUUAGUUGUUGAAAUACUCACUUUGACCACUAGAGGUCGAAGUCUAAACUCAUGUGUGAACCUCCUCUCCGUCUCGGUGCGCCCGCAGUGCCGUGAGGCGUUGACCACCCGGCAGAAACUCAUCGCUCAGGACUACAAGGUGAGCUACUCGCUGGCCAAAGCCUGCAAGUCAGACCUGAGGAAAUACCGCUGCAGCGCCGACUCCAACAUGCCCCGGGCUCGAGAGGCGCGCCUGUCCUACCUGCUGCUGUGUCUGGAGUCCGCCGUCCACAGAGGUGAGUCACGAACCGACGGAGAGCGAAGCGUUAACGGGAUUAACGGGAUUAACGGUAAACGGGAUCUAACACGAGGGGAAGAAGAAGUGGAUCUUUAACAGUUAUGAACGUCUUUGUGACCUCACUGAUAACUGAUCGAUCACAAAGUAAUCAAACACGUGAACUGUGUGUGUGUGUGUGUGUGUGUGUUUCAGGUCGCGUGGUCACCGGCGAGUGUCAGGGCGAGAUGAUGGACUACAGGCGGAUGCUGAUGGAGGAUUUCUCUCUGAGUCCGGAGAUCGUGCUUCACUGUCGCAGCGAGAUCGAGGGUCACUGCGCCGGUCUGCACCGCAAAGGCCGGACGCUGCACUGCCUGAUGAGGGUCGGCCGCGGGGACAUGGGCGCCAUCGACCCCAACUGUCAGAAAGCGGUGAGUCAGCGUUUGUACGACCUCCGUCAUAAAACACGGAGAUCUUUGAAUGGAGGUUUUUCCUGAUGGUUCUGGUGGUUCUGGUGGUCUGUCUCUGUACCUUCAGAGGCAGAAAUGUUGAUGAACAGAAUCUGUACUUUUAAAAUCUUCUCACUUUACUUCACAACAAAACCCCGAGUCCCGGUCCAGUUCUCUGAAAACCCGACUUUGGAGCCCGUGAGACCUCUUUGUGUUUGUGUUUUCUUUACGCUCUCUGCUUUUUCCUCCGCAGCUUCAAACUCUGAUCCAGGAAGCCGACCCCGGGGCCGACUACCGCAUCGACCGAGCGCUCAACGAAGCCUGUGAAUCCGUCAUCCAGACCGCCUGCAAACACAUCCGCAACGGAGACCCCAUGUGAGUCCUCCGACCCGAUAGUUACCUCGGUGUUUUUGGAAGUUUAUUUGAUUCAGAAAGUUUAACGUGAUUCACCGACUCUGAUCUGCAGGAUCCUGUCCUGUCUGAUGGAGCACCUGUACACGGAGAAGAUGGUGGAGGACUGUGAACACCGCCUGCUGGAGCUGCAGUACUUCAUCGCCAGAGACUGGAAGUGAGUCUGACCCUCCUGGUCCUUCUCGGUCCAAGAAACCAGAAACGCUGCUGCUGGUUUUUCAGUUUCUGUGAAAAUUCAGACUCAGAGCGUGACUCCUGGUCUUCUCUCUCCCUCUCUCGCUCGCCCAGGUUGGACCCCAUCCUCUAUAAAAAGUGUCAGGGCGACGCCUCCCGGCUCUGCCACACUCACGGCUGGAACGAGACCAGCGAGAUGAUGCCGCCGGGCGCCAUUUUCUCCUGUCUGUACCGACACGCGUACCGCUCCGUGGAGCAGGGACGGAGGGUGAGUCUUUCUGAAUUUGAAUAAAGGAACAGUUCACCCAGUUUUUGGCCUCAUUCACUAUAAAACGUGACUUUCUUUCCCGGGUUUAGACGCGUUUUAAGAAAUCUGAAAUAUUUCUAACUAGUGAUGCACGAUAUGAAAAAUUUCAACCGAUACCGAUAACCGAUAAUUUUCUUCUUCUCAUGGCUGAUACCGAUACCGAUAGCUGAUAAAUUCAUAUUUUUACAUUUAUUAUAAUCUUCAUAUAAUCUGCAGUUUGUGCAGGAUGCAGCGAUUGAAAACGGAUGUUUUUGUUGCUCUGGCCUAUCUAGAACAACAAACAAAAGUUUUUGGCUCUUCAAAUGUGGUCAUUUGCUAUAAAUAACAAUAACAGAGCAAAAAGCAGAACUUCAUUUGAUCCCCUGAACUGUUCAACAGAACUGUAAACUGUAAAGGAGCUAUUAUGAGACGUUAGGCUUAGCAUGCUGACCGGACUAACAUCUGACGUCCAUAUGUCUGUGGUAAAACUCACGUGUAGUCCCUUUCUGUCGAUCAGGUUGUGAAUGUAUGUGGCGACAAUAUCAUAGAGUGCAGGAAGAGACACAUCCGAGAAGAAGCGGCGGCUUGGGAGAGUGUAACGUGGCUCCAAGUGUGCUAAUAACUUACGAAAACCCGGGUUCUCAACGACGGAAAAAGGCUGGUCGUCGACCGCUAUGAACUCCAUCACUUUGUCGUUAAUGGCUUUAGCCUUUUCGCUGUCUCUUGAGAAGCUUUUGCAGUUUUUAAACGCCCGCUGAAUGGGGACAUCGAUCCUCCGUAGUGUUGUUGUCUUAGCUUUAGUACCGCUAGCGGCUUCGGCGGCUGUCUCAUAUUCUUUUACUACCGCUUCGCCGCGAUGGCGACUUUUCAGAUGAGCUAUCAGAUUCGUUGUGUUAAUACUUGACGUCUUCUUUCCUCCUCUCGGAAUCCUCGCUGAACAGGUUUUGCAUAUAGCAGCUGUUGUCAUCUUCUGCCACUGAGAGAAACGACCAUGCUGGUGAAGACAUUUUAUUAUCUGUCAGGUAGUGACAGGGUCAGGCUUGGGACCUGCGAGUAAGGCGCGAUAGAUGACGUGACCAGCGCGUCUCGGACGGGCGGCUACUCCGCCUGCAAACGUUACUCGUAAUUUCAUUAAUAUAUCGGAUCUUUCUAUCGGAAAAAUGCACCUAUCGGACCGAUAAAAAAUGACGUAAUUUCCCCCCAAAUGGGACGAUAUUUUAUCGGUCCGAUAAAUAUUGUGCAUCCCUAUUUCUAACUUAUAUAAGUUCCUUUAAGAGUCUGAUGCAGAUAAGUGAACUUGUUCCAAACAAACCGAACUUUUUGAACCUCUCCUAUCUAAGCGACCCGGCUCUACAGCUACCUCUCUGACUCUCAUGUUGACCCUGGUUUAACUCUGAAAUUCAAACAUAGAUGUCGUGUUUAUUUUCAUAUAUAAAGUGAGUUUCUAUGUGGUGAAGUUGUUAGCGUUCAGCUUGUGAACACUCUCACUGACCGGAGGAUAUCCUCGUAGCUCCCUGUAGGAGCGUCUGACACAGAAAACCAGCCCCAGACUGUGAGUACGUCCUGCAGCUGAACUCCAUCACCACAUUCACACAGACCCAGCCUGACCUGCUGGUUAUUAUGGGAUGUAAUUCUGCUCUGUAAUCCUUACCUGUGCAUGUGGGGAGCUCGUCUGUGAUGAGAAAAAUCAUCGUGAAUCUGAAAUCAUAAAAACAGGAGUGAAUCUGAAAUCUUCUUCGUGUGUCGUCUGUCUUUAAAGUGAUCGUCCGCUCAGACAUCUAUGCUCAUGAAAGUGCAUCUAGACUUUACAGUUCAUGUGAUUUUACUGUAAUUCUCUUUGUGGUGAAUAAAGAAACAGGAUCAGCCGAAGAGGGAAAGACUUAAAGGGAUAUUUCCGUAUUUUAAAGGAGAGCUGGUUGGAGUUUCGAAAGUGUUUCAGAUGUCGGUCAGCCCGAUCUUUAAUCCUCCGAUCCGGAUAUGCCAAUAAGUCCUCAGAAAAUAAUCAAUUUUUAACAUUUUUUAAAACUUUUUUCAACUCAAAUCUUUGAAACAACUUCAGCCCUGACCAUUAAAAAAAUAAUAAAUACAAAAUUCGAUGUUACAGCCUUUUUAUGCCGGUUUUUGUGCAACAUGUCACUGCUUUUUUUUUACAUUAAAAAAACACAAAAUCGCCUUAUAAAAGAGAAGGAGAAACUGCUGACCGACGUCAAACACUCCGACUGUGAAAGCUCCUUUUAAAAGAGCGGAAUAUCCCUUUAAAACUCGGCCAGGAGAGAGGAGAAUCAGUUUAAGCGGCUGUUAUCGUGUUUGGACACGAUCUUCAUCAUCAUCAUCAUCUCUGGCCGUUCUCUCCUGCAGCUCUCCAGGGACUGUAAGGUGGAGGUGCAGAGGAUUCUCCACCAGAGGGCGCUGGACGUGAAGCUGGACCCCGAGCUCCAGAGACGCUGCAUGACCGACCUGGGGAAGUGGUGCAGCGAGAAGACGGAGGCGGGCCAGGAGCUGGAGUGUCUGCAGGAUCACCUGGAGGACCUGGUGUCCGACUGCAGGGACGUGGUGGGGAACCUGACGGAGCUGGAGUCAGAGGUAAGAGCGGAGGAGGAGGAGGAGGAGGAGGAGGAGGCUCCUGACGUCUCUGCUGAUCAGAGUCUUCUAACCCGGACUGUAAUCUCUCUCAUCAGGACAUUCAGAUCGAGGCGCUGCUGAUGAGAGCCUGUGAGCCCGUCAUCCAGGCGCACUGCCACGUAAGUCUGCACCCAACUCCACCUGGGGAUGGGAAUCGAUAAGAUUUUAUUGAUAUCGAUGCCAUUAUCGAUUCUGCUUAUCGAUUCAGUUCUUUAACAAUUCUCUUAUCGAUGCCUGAUGGAGUCUCUGAUAACAGAAACAGAUGUACGCCACCUUCUUGUUGAGAACCGGUUCAGUCCAUCGACAUCAUUUACAUUUUAUCGUAACGAUUCCUUUCUUCAGAGUGCGUUUAAAAACGGUCUACGCGAACAGGAACAAGGACAGAGGAAAUAACAUGGCGGACGAGAUGAAAAGUCGGCAGAAACGAUCUAAAGAGUGAUUUAAUUUUACUAAGAAAGACGACAACAGUGCAACGUUUGUCGAGCAGUGAUAGAAAACAAAAAUGGAAACACCAGCAAGUUCUCGAUUCCCAUCCCAGAUAUCAGACGAGGUUUCAAGAAAAGGAGCUUGAACUUUAAAAAAAAACAAGAGGAUUCACCUCUUUUCUCUCUUCUUCUUCUUCGUUUUUUAGGAGGUGGCUGAUAAUCAGAUCGACACCGGGGACCUGAUGGAGUGUUUGGUUCAGAACAAACAUCAGAAGGAGAUGAACGAGAAGUGUGCGGUGGGAGUGACGCACUUCCAGCUGGUGAGCAGACUGCGCUCGAACAGAGAUCCAACGAAUGACGAUGAUUUCUAUUUAAACGAGAUUUAACCCGAGAGGAGACAAAAACAAGUCUGAGGAAGUCCUGAAGAAACAAAAACGAAAGACUUUUCAACAUUUUUUAGAUCAACAAACAUCCGCUCCAGCACGCCGUCAUAUAAUCAGCUGUUUCUUUCUCUCUGUUUCUCUGCGUGUCCUCAGAUUCAGAUCAAGGAUUUCCGUUUCUCCUACAAGUUUAAGACGGCGUGCAAAGAGGACGUCCUAAAACUGUGUCCCAACAUCAAGAAGAAGUGAGCAGACACACAAACACAAACACACACUCUCCUGGUUGGGUUUGAUUCAGUCUGAUUUGACCGUCCCUCCGUCUCUCAGGGUCGACGUCGUGAUCUGCCUCAGCACCACGGUGAGGAACGACACGCUGCAGGACGCCAAAGAGCAGCGAGUGUCGGUCAAAUGUCGCAAACAGCUGAGGGUGGAGGAGGUGGAGAUGGUAGGUCACGACAGAAACGCGUCAAACUGAGGUGUUUGUGGUCUCUCCCGCUCUUGUUUUUAUCGCUCUGAGUUUCUCCUCCCUCGCCUGCAGGGAUUAAAAAAAGUUUCCGUGUUUUCUGUAAAUCUCUAAAUCCUCUCUGAAUCUCUGCAGUCGGAGGACAUCCGCCUGGAGCCCGAGCUCUACGACUCCUGCAAGCAGGACAUCAACAGACUGUGUCAGAACGUGGCCUUCGGGAACGCUCAGGUCAGCAAAACUACGACCACAAACUUUCCAGACAGCGAGACAAAAAACACAACCUGUGGGAUUUACGGUAGUCUGUUCAAACCUGCAACGCCUUUCUGGAAACUCUGCGUUUUUGGGGGGUUUGCACAGUUUUUACAAUACUUACGGUAGUCUGUUUGAACCUGCACCUCUUUUCUUUCAGUCUUUUUUUUUACAGUAUUUACGGUAGUCUGUUUAUACCUGAAACUCUUCUCUGGAAACUGCGUUUUUUUUUUUUUUUGGUUUGCACAGUUUUUAUAGUAUUUACGGUAGUCUGUUUACACCUUGAAAGCUUUUCUAUCAGUCUGGGUUUUUUUUUAUCUGCACAGUUUUUAUAGUAUUUAUGGCAGUCUGUUUAAGACUGCACAGCUUUUCUAGCAGCCUGUUAUUACAGUAUUUACGGUAUUUUGUUUACGCCUGGAAAGCUUUUCUAUCAGUCUGUUUCUUUGUCUGUCCAUUUGUACAGUAUUUAUGGUAGUCUGUUUAAAUUUGCACAGCUUUUCUACCAGUCUGGGGUUUUUUUAUUGCACAGUUUUUAUGGUAUUUACGGUAGUCAGUUUACUUUUGCACAGCUUAUCUAUCAGUCAGUUUUUUAUCUGCACAGUUUUAACGGUGUUUACGGUAGUCUGUUUACACCUGGACAGCUUUUCUAUCAGUCUGUGUUUUUUUUAUAUGCACAUUUUUUAUGGUAUUUACGGUAGUCUGAUUACGCCUGGAAAGCUUUUCUAUAUGCGCAGUAUUUAUGGUAUUUACGGUCGUCUGUUUUUUAUCUGGAAAGCUUUUCUAUCAGUCUAUUUUUUAUCUGCACAGUUUUUACAGUAUUUACGGUAGUCUGUUUACACCUGGAAAGCUUUUGUAUCAGUCUGGGUUUUUUUUUUAUUGCAUAGUUUUCAUGGUAUUUAUGGUUGUCAGUUUACUUUUGCACAGCUUUUUUAUCAGUCUGUUUUUUAUUUGCACAGUUUUUACAGUAUUUACGGUAAUCUGUUUACACCCAAAGCUUUUCUAUCUGCACAGUUUUUACGGUGUUUACGGUAGUCUGUUUACACCUACACACAUGAGCAGACGUCCAGGAAAGGUUCAGGAACUCGAACCCUCGUCUGUUUUCUCUUUAGGUGACCGAGUGUCUGAAGGAGAACAAAAACCAGCUGACUCAGCGCUGCCACCAGAGGAUCUUCAAGCUGCAGGAGGUGGAGAUGGUGGACCCUGAACUGGACUACCAGCUGAUGAGGGUCUGCAAACACAUGAUCAGGGUAGGCCGGCUGAACCCGCAUCAUGUGGUCUCUGUAGUCCCAACAUCAGACUCGGGACUCUGAGCCUCGGUGUGUUUGUAACGUCAGUGUGUGUGUGUGUGUGUGUGUUUCAGCGUUUCUGCACAGAGUCGGAGGGAAAGAACAUCCUUCAGUGUCUGAAACAGAACAAGAACAGCGAGCUGAUGGACCCCAAAUGUAAACAGAUGAUAACCAAGAGGCAGAUCACCCAGAACACGGGUAAGCACACGCGUGAACGCUCAUGUGUUAUACUGAGGACGUCAGAGUGUUACUGCAGCUCAGGUCUGUGUGUGUCUGUGUGUGUGUGUCCAGACUACAGGCUGAACCCGGUCCUGAGGAAAGCCUGUAAAGCCGACAUCCCAAAGUUCUGUCAGCCCAUCUUGAAUAAGGCGACGGCCGACAGCGAGCUGGAGGGUCAGGUGAUCGCCUGCCUCAAACUCAAAUACGCCGACCAGGUGAGACGCGCACCGCAGCCGCCGAUUAAAAACAUUGAAGACGCACUUCAGUUUGGAUCUGUUCAAACCUGCACAGCUUUUACAGUAUUUACGGUAGUCUGUUUAAACCUGCGUAGCUUUUCUGGAAAUCACCGAGAACACUUUCACCUGUGUAACCUCUCAUACAUUUAUACCUGCACAUCUUUUAUGGUAAUUUUGUAUUACGCAGACAUAUUUUUAUCCUUACUGUUUUUACAGUAUUUACGGUAGUCUAUUGAAACCUGCACAGCUUUCCUAGAAAUAGUAAAAUAAUAAUGAUGCAUCAGAUUUCAUGAAGUCCUUUAUCAGAGACCCUCAAAGCUCUUUACCUGUGUGACUUCUCAUGCUUUUCUACCUGCACAUCUUUUGUGGUAAUUCAGUAGUCUAUUUUUAGUUGCACAGCUUUUAUAGUACUUACGGUAGUUUGUUCUCAUCUCUACAGCUUUAGUUUUUUCUUUCUAAAUUUUGUCUAUCAGCCUUUUUUAACCUGCAGAGCUUUUAGUUCGACCUCUCAGCUUCUCUUGUCUUUGCUGUCGUCUGUUUUAGAGUGACCAUCUUUUCUAACAUUUACGGUGUUUUAUUUCAACCUGCUCAGCGCAGAUAUUCUGGUGUUUUCAGUGAUUAUUCACACCUGGAAGGUAUGGUCUUUACUAAAGCUGCUUCUGUGUGUGUGUGUGUGUGCGUGUGUGUGUGUGUGUGUGUGUGUGUGUGUGUGUGUGACAGCGUUUGUCUCCAGACUGCGAGGAUCAGAUCCGGGUCAUCCUGCAGGAGUCUGCGCUCGACUACAGGCUGGACCCUCAGCUGCAGCUCCACUGCACACAAGAGGUUUGAACACACACACACACACACACACACACACACACACACAGUGUCACACAGAAAUGGAAAAAGUCGUUUUUAAACAUUUAUUUCUCUAAAUCAGUCAAACUGAGAAUCUGCUUCGACCUCAUAUUGUUUAGUGUUAGCUGCAGUGUAUCCUCUUGGCCAGCAGGGGGCAGCAGUGGUUAAGCAGUUAUGGGCUGAGGGGAGGACAGAGUCAGCAGAUUUUAGUGGAAGUUCAGGUGAAACUCGACGACUCUUGACAGCAGAUGGCGCUCUAACAUCAGUCUGGUUCUGCUCGAGGUUUCUGCCUGUUAAAGGAUUCAGAUGUUUCCCAUCCGGAGGUCGAGUCUUUGUCAUUAGACUUAGGACUGCUGGGAUUUGGUGUUGUAUAGAUAAACAUUGAUUGAUUGAUUGAUUGAUUGAUUGAUUAACCCUUCCUGUGCGUGUCGUCAGAUCGCCACGCUGUGCCCAGAGGAGGCGGCGGCUCAGGAGCAGACGGGUCAGGUGGAGGAGUGUCUGAAGGUGAACCUGCUGAAGAUCAAACAGGAAGGAUGUAAGAAGGUAAAAAAAAAAAACUGAUGAGUGACGAUUCUUCAAACUCUGAAAAUCCCUUCAGACUCUUUUUUUUUUGAUUCUUCUAAAUCUUCUCCCUCUCUUUUUCUUCUUCUCCUCCUGCAGGAGGUGUUGAACAUGCUGAAGGAGAGCAAGGCGGACAUCUUCGUCGACCCCGUCCUCCACACCGCCUGCGCUCUGGAUAUCAAACACCAGUGUGCGGCCAUCCCACCCGGCAGAGGGCGCCGUGAGUCCACAAACAAACACACCUCAGACUCAGACUGAACAAAGACAGACAGACAGAGAGGACGACAUUUUUAUCCACUUUAUUCUCAAUUAGACAAAAGAAUUUAUUUUAAAGUCCUAAAAGUGAGAAUUAAUGAGGAGAAUCAGAAUAAUUAAUAUCUUUAUGGACAUUGAGAUGAAAACUCCUGAUAAAAAGUGUGAAUAAAGACAAAAAAAUCAAAAAAGUGCUGUAAUUUUCGCACUAUAAAGCAGCCCGGAUUAUAAAGCACAUUAAGACAAACAAAACAGUCAGAUAAGUCAAACUUUAUUGAACUCAUUCAGUAACUCUGCGAGGCUACGGUAGCUGCGGCGCUCCGACAAGCCAAAAAGGUUUUAAGUGCGAAAAAUACAUUUAUUUUUUUCUUUAAAUUUGAGAUAAAAUCUCAGAAAACUGAGGCGGUCGUGUUUAAAACAGUCAGAGGAAGAACAGGCAGACUUCAAAACCAUCGUUUAGUUUUUUAUAAUUUGACCUGAAGAUGUCGGAGUCAAACCUUCGCCAUGUUUCCUCAGAGAUGUCGUGUCUGAUGGAGGCGCUGCAGGACAAACGCGUCCGUCUGCAACCCGAGUGCAAGAAGAGACUUCAGGACCGUAUCGACAUGUGGAGCUACGCCGCCAAGGUACGAGAGCCGCAGAGUCACGCUGUCUGGAAAACGCACACACACACACACCUCACCUGGACUUCCUGUCUGUCUUUCCGUCAGGUGGCGCCCGCCGAGGGCUUCUCAGACCUCGCCAUGCAGGUGAUGACGUCGCCGUCCAAGAACUACAUCCUGACCGUGAUUGGCGCGGGCGUGGCGCUGCUCUUCCUCAUGGGGCUGCUCUGCGGCAGGUUCACCAAACGCGUCACUCAGGAGCUGAAGGACAGGUAGACCCCGCCCACUCCGGGGUCAGGACACGCCCACACAGGAGAAACGACCAUGUCUGAAUCGAAAACCUCCCCCCUUGAUUCUCCCCUCCUCUCCCUCCCCCCCGUCCUCUGAGCUUUUUUUUUCCUGUCAUCACCGGAAAGACAUUACCCACAAUCCUCCAGGAGGAAGUGGGCGUUAUCAGCGACUCAUCUGCUCCGCCUGUACCAGAGCCCCGCCCACUUUUCUUCUUCUUCUUCUUCUUCUCUUCCUGAACAGAUGCAGAUGCAGUAUUACUCCACUCCCCCCCUCCACUGUUGAUAAGAAUCGAGGGGGUGAGGAGAGGAGAGGGAGGGGGAGGCAGGAGGGGUCAAAGGUCAACGUUCAGGGAGGCGGCGGCGGCGGCGGAUGAAAACAGAUUCAGUGUAAAUGUGUAGAAACGGGGGUGGGAAAUGCUCAUGUAUAGAGCUCUUUAAUGACUCCAGUAUUUUAAUGAGUGUGUGUGUGCGUGCGUGAGUGUGUGUGUGUGCGUGCGCAUGUGUGUGACCUAAAUUGUGUUUCUACCACCGUUGUUUUUUCGUUGGUGUCGGUCCUCCUGCUAAAGCGUUUUUGUUUUUUUUUUUCGAGGGUUCGUUCGACUCUGGAUUCGUCUUUAUUUCCUGUUUUUUUUUUUUUUUUCGCUGAUGUGUGUUCGUUUGAUUUUAUCGCCAUGGGACUGCCAGGCGGGCGGUGCCAACCAGCCGGCCCCUCUCCAUCACAAACACUCCUCCAACCGACCGCAGGGACGACUCUGUAUCUCUCAGCCGCUCCACGUGCCAUAAACGCACCACGCCGUUCGGCCUCACCGCCGUCUUUGAGGAGCGCUGGUUUUGUUUUUUUUCGGGGGGGGAGGUGUUGGUUGGUACGUUUAAAGCUCCGAGUAAUGCAGGAGAGAAAACGAUUCUAGGUUCUUGUAGAGAUGUGAAGAUUUUGUGUAAAGAUGAUACUGGAAUCAUUGCACAUUUUUGGUUCUUUUUUUAUAUCUAUAAAUAUAUAUAUAUUGUUUUGUCAUAGCCUUAUUUAUUUGUUUACUAAUGGUCAAAGUUUGUUUCUUUUUUUCUAUGAUUUGAAUGUUCUCUGGUUGCCUUUUUCUUCAGCGAGCGAGCGAGCGAGCGAGCGUCCCUCCUCCCUGCGGAAAAGAGGGGCGAGGAGCGGGGGGAGAACCUCCUCUGGGAGUCAACCUGCUUCAGAGGCUGAUGGUGUUUGUAGUUUUUAGAUCAGGUCAAAGAGAGAGAGAGAGGUGCGUUCAUGGAUCACUCCAACCAAACUCCAUUCAAAAAAACAGCGUUUUAAGCCUCCUGCAGAACAACCUGACUAAGCUUGAAUCCAGACUUUGUUCUUUUUAUUCCAGCUCCUCGUUUUUGUAAUGAACUCUUUUCUGUUUUGGGUUCAUCAGGCUGCAGCAGGUCGGGGUGUUUUAAACAGAAACUUAACGUCUUGUUGAACACGGUGGCACAGAGGUGAGGCGAACAGAUUCAUCUCUCUGCUCUGGUCCAGUGAUUAGAUUCCACUUUAAUAAACUUCGUCAUCAAGUUUUAGAUCAAAAUUCUGACAAACAGAAAAAACACGAGCUGUCAGCAGAGAUUGUUCACACUGUAGGUGAACUUUAUGUACAUUAACCUAAAUUUACUGGCAGGUAAUAAUGAAAACCCAGACGAGCUGGUGACUCCUAAGGGUGACGACGAUCGAUGGUUCUGUAGGCGAGAAUCUUUCUGGAUGCUCCACAGCCAAAGUGACACGAUCUCACCAAAGUGUAGGACACCAGGAGAGGACGGAGAAACGAACUCCAACAGUCAGGAAACAAACCAGUAAACAAAACUAAUAAAAAAGAGAAAUAACCUUGAAAACCUGAAAAACAAACAUCGACUUUACAACUUUGAAAAACUUGAUUCAAACUUUUGCACAAAGAGUUUCCUACGACGUAUUUUUCUGUUCUCAUCCUCCUCCGUCAGCUCCGUCGUAGACUCGUCCUCGUUGAAGAUAAGCUGUUAGCAUCUCCUCUCUCAACUCCAGACGGGAGACAAAUUUCACUUUUUGGAGCAGAGAGUAAUCAUGGGCAAAAGUCGAACUCUUGUUGGUGUCUGUCUGUUUACAUAGAAGAGAGAGAUUUGACUCCAAAUAAAUAUAAAACAGGUUUUUGAAAUCGUCCCAGAAGCAGGGGGCGCUGUUUAUCCUGCUGCACAGUCUGUGGUCCAUCAGGAGGUUUUCGGUCUCUUUGGCGGGCGGAGAAGACGCCGCACAGUCCACUGAUGUCAUCUUGAAUCUAAAGUUCCUGAAGUCAAACAUGAUUUUUCUGGACUCAGCAGAUUUUCCUUCGUAUCAGUUUUUAAAAAAAAAUCAGAUUAAAGAGUCAAACCGACACGCCGCAGAUUUGACCUGCUUCUCUGCGCCGCCUCAGUCUCUGAUUGGUCGAUCGCUCUUCUUCUUCUUCUCUUCAGCCUGCAGCAGGUUCUUACCAGAGGAGGACAGCAGGUCAAACGUUUGUGGUCUCCUAAAGGAAGUGCCCCCUUUCUCCUCGAACCCCCUCCCCGGCUCGAUCAUGUGUACAUGUGUACUAUACUGAGUGAUGACAUACUGUAAAAAUCUGUGCGUGCAGUCGGCCUGUACUCUUUCUUUGUUUCCGAACUGUGGAAGCUUGCUGUGGUGAGCGCUGCCCUCCUGCUUGUAAAUCAGACGUCCUGAUUCGUUCAAAAUGCCUUCAUGUUUUUUUUUUCUCUCCAUCUGACGUCGUCAAAGCGUGCCUACUCGCCGUCCCACCGAGGGAUCCCGCUGUACAGACCAUCAGCAGAGGAGCACUGGGGCCUGUGAGAGAGUGUGUGUGUGUGCGCGAGAGUGUGUGUGUGUGUGUGUGUGUGUGUCGCCCACAGAUGCUGUGCGAUCUCCGCUCGGUUCUUCGCUGUUCCUGUCGUCUCGAAGCGACGACGACUCGAACGUUUUGGUUUCAAGUUUGUGAUGAUUGAAGAUUUUUUUGUAAAGGAUGUUUUGUGUUUGGAUCGGCGGAGCUCCUGAUCAUCAGAUUUGUUUGUUUUUUUUCUUUCGGUUUCUUCUCGUUGUUCUGUACAGAUGAAAAUUGGACAGUUUGUUAAUAAUAAUAAAGUCUGCAAGGUUUCUAUCCAGCCGUCUGAUCUGGUUUUGUUUUUUUAAACAGAUGAAAAAUCUGAAUCGGAAAAUUUAAUGUGUUUAAGAAAAAAAAACAUGGAGACGCUUUAGUACAGAUAAGAAAACUUGAUGUGUAAAACUUUCUCAGGAACUUUUAAAAGUUUGUUUGAAAAACUUUUCCCAGAAUUUUUCAUCAAAAGGCCUCAAACCGCUCAGAAGUUCAACAGUCUCUUACCAAACUCUGAGUUUUUAAGUUUCUUGGUUCCUCUGAGAAAACUGAGGCUCAGGGAGAGAGACUUCUAUCAAAUCUGAAAACCCGGUCCUUAAUUCCAUCAAACCAGGUAAAGAAUCUGGGCGCCAUCUUUGACUGUGAGCUGACUUUUAUCCCACAUAUUAAAAACACAAAAACAGGAUUUUAACAUGUAAAGAACAUCGCCAGAGUCCACGCUCUCUCUGCUGGUGCGUGCUUUUCUCUCCAGUCCUCUUGACUAUUGUAACGCCCCGCUUUCUGGUCUUCCAAAACGAAACAUCUCAAGUCUACAACUGCUCCUAAACCCCGCCUUCUGGCACGUGUGGGCCAGAAGGCGGGCACAUACUACAGCAGUUUUAAAAUCACUGCAUUGGCUCCCUGUGUGCUUUAGGAUCAGUUUUAAGGUCCUUUUAAUGGUUUUUAAAUGUAUUAAGGGUUCCUGAUUUGACUCUGAUGGGGGUACGAGGUUUUUUUU